AUGAGGUCUAGUAGAGUAGGUCUAGUAAUAGAGGCUGUAGGUAAGACAUUCUGCGUGGUGUCCAAGAGGUUCCGGAAGAACUACAUCCACCGGUUCACCGCGACCAGAUCGUUAUUCUGGUGGUCUCCGUGGUCACCCGUCAGGCGCGCCUGCGUCUAUCUCUCCACCAAUCAGUACUUCGAUUACUUCGUCAUGGCAACCAUUCUGCUCAAUUGUGUCUUCCUCGCCAUGUCGGAGACCAUCGAGGAGGCUGAAUACAUUUUCCUGGCAAUUUACACAGCGGAGAUGAUAAUUAAGUGCAUAGCGAAAGGCUUCAUACUAAAUAAGUAUACUUACCUGCGGAACCCGUGGAAUUGGCUAGACUUCGUAGUAAUCACGUCUGGCUACGCGACUAUUGGCAUGGAAGUGGGAAACUUGGCUGGUCUGCGAACUUUUCGGGUGCUGAGGGCGCUCAAAACAGUAUCAAUAAUGCCGGGUCUUAAGACGAUUAUCAACGCACUUCUACAUUCGUUCAAGCAACUGGCUGAAGUCAUGACCCUAACAAUAUUCUGCCUGAUGGUGUUCGCUCUCUUCGCGCUCCAAGUCUACAUGGGAGAAUUGAGGAAUAAGUGUGUGAGGAACUUGGUUGUGCCAGCGGGGGAGAAUUUCACAGACGAGCUGUGGUCGCAAUGGAUUAAGGAACCUUCCCACUGGAUGAUGAAUGACGAAGAACUACCGAUUCUCUGCGGGAACCUCACUGGCGCAAGACACUGUCCCUCCGGCUUCACAUGUCUUUGCGUCGGCCCGAACCCAAAUCACGGCUACACCAACUUUGAUAACUUCCUUUGGUCUAUGCUCACCACAUUUCAGCUCAUUACUUUGGACUAUUGGGAGAAUGUUUAUAAUAUGGUACUAUCAUCGUGCGGCCCAAUGUCGGUGUCCUUUUUCACUGUGGUCGUGUUUUUUGGGUCAUUCUACCUCAUCAAUCUAAUGCUGGCUGUCGUCGCGCUUAGCUACGAAGAAGAAUCUCAGAUUACGCAAGAGGAGAGGAAGAAGGACUUGAAUGAACACCGCGACGAUUCUACCUUCAGCUUUGACCCUUCGUCGUUAGCGGUCAAGACGCUUGGUAAGGACAAAAAGAAGAGAAUAGACGCAAGGAAAGGGCUUCUACUGGCUUCCUACUCGAGGAAGAGAACGAGGAGACGCAAGCGGGGCAAAACUAUACAUCACACGGUUACAGCUACACCUGGAGAUUCCAACAGAUCGCGAUCCCGAUCACGGUCGAGGUCAGUGACCCCGAGUGGUACUCCGCCACCGAUACCACCAGUGCCACCAGCUCCACCACCUUCACAUACACUUCAUCCUGAUAACGCAUUAGGACGCGGUGCAUUAAGUGUUGCUGGUAGACAGCUAAGUGAUCAUAGCAACAAUAGAGAAUCAUCACUAGACGAUUCGGGCGUGGUUGAUGAUCAUGAUGACGGGGAACACACGUCUGAUGAUCAAGCACCUCAUUCACUGCCCCGGAGACAUUUGAUGCCGCCAGCGCCCCAUCCACCUCCCAUCACCGUACCACAGACAAAACCAGAAACUAAAAAUCCAGAACCAAAGAAGAAGAACGACGCAAAACCGGAAACGGAUAUUGAUAAAAUAAAGAAAGAUAAAUCUAGUAUACAAGAAAGGUACCCGCUAAAUCCAGACUACCUCAACCAGAUCGUGGUAUUAGGGGCGGACUGGCCAUACAAGCACGCGCCCGACCUCCCGCAAGCGGAGACGACGAAAAUCAAUGAGCUCAGUUUAUUGGCAGCCACGCACAAAUGUCAUAUGGGCAAUUACGAGCCAAAUUGCACUUACUUCACAGAUGAGCUCGUGGAUAGAAACUGCGAGUGUUGCGUCACUUGUUGUAUUGACUAUGAAGGUUGGCUGCAAUUUCAAAAUGGCUUGUAUGGUAUUGUGAAAGACCCUUUAUUCGAGUUGUUCAUUACAACUUGUAUAAUUCUAAAUACGCUCUUUCUUGCUUUAGAACACCAUGGAAUGAGUGAGAAUGUUAGACAAGCUUUAGAUAUAGGAAAUAAGGUGUUUACUUCUAUUUUUACUUUAGAGUGUAUAAUGAAGGUAAUGGCUAUGAGCAAAGACUAUUUUGCCUGUGGUUGGAAUAUUUUCGAUUUGAUUAUUGUGUCUGCUAGUUUGCUAGAUCUCAUAUUUGAAUUGGUCGAUGGGUUAUCUGUGUUGAGAGGAUUACGCUUGUUACGAGUAUUAAAAUUAGCUCAAUCAUGGACUACAAUGAAAGUGUUGUUGAGUAUAAUAAUAUCGACAAUCGGUGCUCUUGGUAACUUAACGUUCGUGUUAGUUAUAGUUAUUUACAUAUUUGCUGUGAUCGGUAUGCAGUUGUUCUCCAAAUCGUAUACACCAGAUAAGUUUGACCCAGAUCCGGUGCCAAGGUGGAAUUUUAACGACUUCUUUCAUUCAUUCAUGAUGAUUUUUCGUAUACUCUGUGGUGAAUGGAUUGAGCCUCUGUGGGACUGUAUGCGAGCAGAGCAAGCAAGUGGAGCUGAAAGUUGUUUCUUCAUUUUCCUACCCGCACUUGUUAUGGGCAAUUUUAUGGUACUCAAUCUCUUUCUUGCCUUGUUGCUCAACAGUUUUAAUAGCGAAGAGCUUAAAAAUAGGAAAGAGGAAGUAGGAGAGGAUUCAAAAUUAGCUAAAAGUUUCGAUAGAUUACGUUCUAUAGUAAGAAAGAAAGGCUUUCUUAUAUCUAAAAGUAAAGAGACUGAAAAGAAAUCUAAAUUAGAGGAACUAGUUAACGAAUUUAUGUCACAACAUCGCGCAAUGAAAGAGAAAAAAACAUCAAUUCCUAGUGAACAGAGGUUUUCAGGGUCAAUUCAAGAAACAAUUUUGUUUCCCCAUGACAAUAUCUAUAGUCAUAGCUAUCAAGAGGCACUAAAUAGGCCAAUAUCAGUAGGAUCUGAUUUCGCGUAUCCGCAUUUAUAUCAAAUUGGUAAUAACCACGGUAGUCAAGAGACACUAAAAGAUGUCCGUGAUUUAGCUGUUGAACACAAAAUAACAAGCAUACGAGAGGACUCUAAAGAAAAUCUUGAUGAUACAACAGACCAAGUGGCAGCACAGAGACUACUAAAUCAAAUGUCAUCCGGGUACCACACUCAGCCUUCUGAUUCACGAGAUGAUAAUGAGCACUAUGAAAUGGCUCAAAUAUCGUGUAAGACAACACCGGAGAAGUCGAAACGUUACGAAAUAAAGUCUUCGCGAGACACGAUAAAAAAACCAGACGACGAGGACAUGAAGCAUCCAUGGCAGACGCUAGUGUCGUACGUGGAUGAAUUGACUGUUGGUGGAAGGAAAAAUUCACAAGGACAAUACAUAGAUCCCAUGGGAAAGUUUCCAGGGUUCGGAAAACGUAAAGAGGCUAAGGAACCGGAGAAUUGUUUUCCACGACAUUGUUACAAAGCAUGUUCAUGUUGGGAUGCUUGCGUACGAACUAAGUUAGGCCAAAAAUGGAUGUUCAUCCGUACGUACAUACUCCGAUACGUGGACACCCCUGCCUUUGAAUGGUUCGUGUUGGUACUAAUAUUCGCCUCCAGCGUCACACUGUGCUUCGAAGACAUCCACUUAGAAAAAAAUAUACCCCUCAAAAAGAUCCUGUACUGGACUAACCUCAGUUUCUGCAUGAUCUUUGUGAUAGAGAUGUUUUUUAAAUGGAUAGCGUUGGGCUUCUAUAAAUACUUCACGAGUUUCUGGACUCUGUUGGAUUUUACCAUAGUUUUUGUGUCCGUGUUCAGUUUGCUAAUAGAGGAGAAUGAGAAUCUGAAAGUUCUAAGGUCUUUGAGAACGUUAAGAGCUUUGCGUCCGCUUAGAGCUAUAUCACGGUGGCAAGGCAUGAGGAUAGUCGUGAACGCGCUGAUGUAUGCAAUACCGAGUAUCUUCAAUGUGCUGCUGGUCUGCUUGGUGUUUUGGUUGAUAUUCUCCAUCAUGGGGGUACAGUUUUUUGGUGGGAAGUUUUUUAAGUGUGUGGAUGAAGACGGCGAGUUGUUACCAUUAGAGAUAGUCAACGAUAAGUGGGAGUGUUACUAUAAUAAUUUUUCAUGGAUAAACUCUAAGAUAUCCUUCGACCACGUCGGUAUAGCGUAUUUGGCGUUAUUUCAAGUGGCAACUUUCGAGGGAUGGAUGGAGGUGAUGGCUGAUGCUGUAGACGCUAGAGGUGUAGACUUACAACCAGCGAGAGAAGCAAAUAUAUACGCGUAUAUUUAUUUCAUCAUCUUCAUCGUGUGCGGUUCAUUCUUCACACUCAAUCUGUUCAUUGGAUACGAGGGGGGCGUGUUGGAAAUGUUUUUGACGGAGAGCCAAAAGCAUUACUACACGGCGAUGAAGAAACUCGGCAGGAAGAAGCCGCAGAAAGUCAUAAAGCGGCCGAGGAAUCAAUUUUUAGCGAUGUUUUACGACUUGUCGAACUCUCGUAGAUUUGAAAUAGCGAUAUUUGUACUUAUAUUCUUAAACAUGCUCACGAUGGGCAUAGAACAUUACGACCAACCGCAUUCAGUUUUCUUCGUGCUGGAAGUUAGUAAUGCGUUUUUUACUACAGUGUUCGGAUUAGAGGCAAUAGUGAAAAUUAUAGGCCUUAGGUAUCAUUACUUCACGGUACCGUGGAAUGUAUUCGACUUUCUUCUAGUUUUGGCUUCGAUAUUGGGAAUUUUAAUGGAGGACAUAAUGAUUGACUUGCCGAUAUCGCCCACGCUCCUUCGAGUUGUCAGAGUUUUUCGCAUAGGAAGAAUUUUAAGACUGAUUAAAGCCGCUAAGGGUAUUAGGAAACUACUUUUCGCUCUGGUCGUGUCUCUGCCGGCCCUUUUUAACAUCGGUGCCUUGUUAUCGCUGAUAACGUUCAUCUACGCUAUCAUUGGCAUGUCUGUGUUUGGCCACGUGAAGGAGCAAGGCGCUUUGGAUGAUAUUGUCAAUUUCCAAACGUUUGGAAGGAGUAUGCAAUUACUUUUUCGCUUAAUGACAUCAGCUGGAUGGAAUGACGUGCUGGAAUCAUUAAUGAUUCAGCCACCAGACUGUGAACUUGGAGACCACGGCCACACGAACGGAAACUGCGGAAGCCCCCUUUUAGCGAUCACAUAUUUCACUUCGUUCAUAAUAAUUAGUUAUAUGAUUGUGAUAAAUAUGUAUAUAGCGAUAAUUCUAGAGAAUUUUAAUCAAGCUCACCAAGAAGAGGAGAUCGGUAUAGUGGAGGAUGACCUUGAAAUGUUUUACAUUAGAUGGUCCAAAUAUGACCCCCACGCAACCCAGUUUAUCAGUUUUGCUCAACUGUCAGAUUUUAUAGCAUCUCUAGAUCCCCCUCUAGGCAUUUCAAAGCCUAAUACGGUAGCGCUAGUCAGUUUUAAUCUACCGAUAGCAAGAGGCAAUAAGAUACAUUGUUUAGAUAUAUUACACGCUCUGGUGAAGCACGUGCUAGGUCACGUGGAGGAAACAGACACAUUCAGACAGCUGCAGGAGCAAAUGGAUAUUAAGUUCAAGAAGCAGUUCCCGACGAGGAAGGAAUUGGAGAUUGUCUCUUCUACGCGAAUAUGGAAGAGGGAAGAUAAAGCGGCGCGCACGGUGCAGCGGUCGUGGCGGGAUUAUCAGAAGCGGAAGAAUCGCAGUCCUUCGCAAGAGGAGGAGAGCACCAAAUGGUCUCCAGGUGGUGGUUGGGGUGGUCGCCUCAGUGCCUUGCUUCACGUGCGACGUGGAUCCCAUGCUUCUAGCAGAAAGUCUUCAAGAGCGUCAGAUGCGUCUGAUAUCAGCGAGAUCGGUGGAGCGUGGCUCAAUCUCCCUCUCUUACUGCUACCUGGCGCUCCACCUGGUGACCAGGCUAGCGGGUCAGAAGGCCCUCCCCCGCGACGCAGAUCAGCGUAUGGUUUGCCACUAUUUCUUCGUCAUCAGGACGCCGUUGACGAAGAUGGUGGCCCGAAACGAGCAGGUUCACUUCGGGUAACCUCUCGACGCAACUCAGCAAGACGGGCGACCACGCCAGCUAUGACCCCCUCGCCUCACGCGAACAGCUCCGUUAGUAUCUUAGUCACUGAAGCGUCACCGGACGCAGUUCCACCGCCCUCCGCGCCUCCCACCGUCGUCAAAGUUCUAGUGCAUAGAGAGAGUGACGAGCAGCCCAGCUGA